AUGGCAUCUUAUACAGUUCCUGAUUAUGAAUUGCCAUCUAGUCCUUAUUACUUACAUCCUAGUGAAAAUCCUUCAUUAGUUCUUGUUUCACCAUUAAUGAAUGGUCAGAAUUAUCACUCAUGGUUUCGUUCCAUGAGAAUGUGUCUUUUGUCAAAGAACAAACUGAAAUUUGUGGAUGUAAGCAUUGCUGUGCCUUCAAAGAAUAGUUCAAUUUAUCCUGUUUGGGAACGCUGCAAUACAAUGGUACUUUCUUGGAUUUUAAGGUCUUUAACUCCAUCUAUAGCUCAAAGUAUAUUAUGGAUUGACAAUGCUUUAGAUGUUUGGAAGGAUUUGUUUGAUAGGUUUUCACAAGGUAGUGUUUUGAGGAUUUCUGAUUUGCAAGAGGAGAUAUAUAGUUUUAAACAAAAUAAUCUUACUGUGACAGAUUAUUUCACACAUUUAAAGAUGCUUUGGGAUGAAUAUGUUAAUCUGAGAAUGAUACCUGUGUGUAUGUGCAUUCCUCAAUGUUCAUGUAAUGCAUUAACCUUAGUAAAGAAUUAUCAAGAAGCUGAUUGUGUAAUUAGAUUUCUUAAAGGCUUAAAUGAAGGUUUUUCUGUGGUUAGAACUCAAGUAUUGAUGGUUGAUCCUUUACCUAAAAUCAACAAAGUUUUUUCUCUGGCAUUGCAACAUGAAAGGGAAUUAGGUAUUGGUAUGAAUGUGUCUCAGAUUGUAGAGCCACAUGUUUUUGCUGCUCAAUCAGGUUCUUUUAACAGACAGUCUUAUGAUAGUAAUAGACCUAAUAAUAGGGCUUAUAGACCACCUAUAAAUGGCAAUCUUGGACAAAAUAAUUUUAGACCACAAGGAGGACAGAAGAGAUUUUAUAGUGCACCUAAUAAUGGUAAGCCUAUGUGUAGUCAUUGUGGAGUUUCUGGACAUACAGUUGAGAUUUGUUUCAAGAAACAUGGUUAUCCUCCUGGAUAUAGAUCAAAAUUUAGGCCACAAACUUUUGUUAAUCAAGUUGGUGAGCUGGUAACUACUAAUUCACAAGAAGAAACUUAUUGUGUGGAGCAAAAUGGUGGUUAUGACAAUUAUGCUUAUGAAGAUAAUAAUACAUAUGCUGAAUCCUUUGAGUAUGAAAAGAAUAUUGAGCAAGAUAAAGGUCAUUCAAAUGAUGUUGGUGUUUCUGGUGUUCCUCCAAUAACUCAAGCUCAGUAUGCACAACUAAUGAGUCUUCUGCAACAAAAUAUACCUAAAGCUGCUGCAAUUUCUUCACCAAGAGUGAAUACUGUCUCAACAAACUUUGUUGCAGAGGAAACAGGGGCAACAAAUCAUAUUGUGUGUUCAUUGCAAGCAUUUACAACUUAUGAAUUGGUUUCUGAUAUCUAUGUUACUUUGCCUAAUUGUCAAAAAAUUGCUGUUACUCAUAAGGUAAGCUGA